AGCAUCAUUUGAAAUCAUAAUUGUUUGGUUAAUGUAACUUAUCUUUCUUAUAUACUCUUCUUUUUUCCCUCAGCUUUUGAUUUGAACCAGUGACAGCCAUGUCACCGAUCAAAGUUUCUGGUUCUCCAUAGUUCUGAGCUCUCACAGAAAGUUCCGACAGCGACAAAAACAAUCUACCGUUUGGGUCAUUUCUUACAAGAACCUGUUUUCUUUUAGAACUGCAACAAGUGCUGGAUCAAUGGGGUUAACGAAAGACGGGUUUGUUUUGAGUUGUGUGGUUUUGGUCUGCUUGUGGACUUGUGCAUUUGGAUCGCUUCCACCAAAAGAUGUUAGCGUUGAAGUGCUAGCUUUAACGGACAUAAAAGCUUCUCUGGUUGAUCCUCAUGGAGUAUUUAAGACCUGGGAUUACACUGCUGUUGAUCCUUGCGAUUGGAACAUGAUCACUUGUGCUGACGGUGUUGUCACUGUCUUGGAAGCUCCAAGCCAUAAUUUGUCUGGUACUCUUCCCCCUACCAUUGGAAACUUGACAAAUCUCCAGCUUCUGAGUCUUCAGAAUAACAAUAUAUCAGGAAAUAUACCAUCGGAACUAGGGAAGCUUUCGAAGCUCGAAAACAUUGAUCUUUCUAACAACCGUUUCGAAGGUCGAAUUCCCGGCACUCUGUCCCAUCUGAAGAGCCUUCAGUAUCUGAGGCUGAAUAACAACACUCUCUCAGGAGCAAUCCCUUCCUCUGUGGCAAACAUGUCGCAACUAAAUUUCCUGGACUUGUCCUUCAAUAAUUUGGGCGGUCCAUUGCCAGAAUUGCUUGCAAAAACAUACGACAUUGUCGGAAACCCACUGAUUUGUAGUGUGGAGACUGAAAAAGACUGCUCCAGAACCAGACCAAUGCCAAUGUCUCUUUCUUUAAAUAAUUCACAAAACUCAAAACCUUCUAGUAGAUCCAAGAGCCGUGAAAUUGCUUUAGCCAUUGGCUUAACACUUGCCUGCAUUUGCCUACUUAGUCUUGCCUUUGGUUUCUUUCUUUGGUGGAGAAAAAAACAAAACCAGCAAAUCUUCUUUGACGUUAAUGAACAACACCGGGAAGAAAUUUGUCUUGGAAACUUGAAGAGGUUCCAUUUCAAGGAACUUCAGGUGGCGACUAACAAUUUCAGCAGCCGGAACUUAGUCGGGAAAGGAGGUUUCGGUUAUGUAUACAAAGGGUAUUUACAAGACGGGACGAUCGUAGCUGUGAAAAGGCUUAAAGAUGGAAACGCCAUCAGAGGCGAAACCCAGUUUCAAACCGAAGUUGAACUCAUAAGCUUAGCAGUUCACCGCAACCUCCUUCGUCUCUAUGGCUUUUGCGUCACUGCAACGGAGAGGCUUCUGGUUUACCCUUACAUGUCUAAUGGAAGCGUUGCCACCCGUCUCAAAGCAGUGAAACCGGCAUUGGAUUGGGGCACAAGGAAGAGAAUUGCAUUAGGAGCAGCAAGGGGGCUACUGUAUUUGCACGAGCAGUGUGAUCCCAAGAUAAUUCACAGGGAUGUUAAGGCAGCAAAUAUACUUCUUGAUGAUGAUUGUGAGGCCAUUGUCGGAGAUUUCGGAUUGGCAAAGUUGUUGUAUAAUCGAGAAUCACAUGUAACAACAGCCGUGAGAGGCACCGUGGGACAUAUUGCCCCUGAAUAUCUAUCAACUGGACAAUCCUCUGAAAAAACAGAUGUUUUCGGAUUCGGAAUCCUAUUACUUGAGCUCAUAUCUGGACUGAGGGCACUCGAAUUCGGGAAAACUGCUAACCAGAAAGGAGCCAUGCUUGACUGGGUAAGAAAAAUUCACCAGGAAAAGAAGCUAGAGUUGCUAGUUGACAAGGAUCUGAAGAACUACGACAGAAUUGAAGUUGAAGAAAUGGUUCGAGUUGCUCUUUUAUGCAUUCAACAUCAUCCGAGUCAAAGACCGAAGAUGUCGGAAGUGGUUCGGAUGCUAGAAGGUGACGGGCUAGCCGAGAAGUGGGAAGCUUCUCAAAGAGCUGAACCAUCCAGGUCCGGAGCCAAUGAGUUCUCUCCUUGGGAACGAUACUCUGAUCUAACCGACGACUCUUCAUUGUUGGUCCCUGCAAUGGAGCUCUCUGGACCAAGAUGACAUCACAUGAACCUCUCAGAGAGGGUUUUGAAAAAGAAGAAACUGGAAUGAAUCACCAUGACAGGAAUGAAUGUGUUAUAUAGUAUUGUAAUACUGGAAAACUGGGAAUUACUAUAAAUCUGUGUCAUUUCUGAUUGUAAAAAUUUGGAUUCGAA